AUGAGCCGCAAGCUCGCCCCCGAAGCCAAUCGGAUUCUCUUUGCCAAGAACCUUAACUAUAACGUAACAGCAGAACAGCUGUUUGAUCUCUUCGGCAAAUUUGGGCCCAUUCGCCAAAUUCGCCAGGGUAUCGCCAACAACUCCAAGGGAACCGCAUUCGUGGUAUACGAGGACGUUCACGACGCCAAACAGGCAUGCGAUAAGCUAAACGGUUUCAAUUUCCAGAACCGUUACUUGGUCGUAUUGUAUCACCAGCCAGAGAAGAUGCUGCGCACGAAAGAGGACCUCUCGGAGAGGCAAAAUAACCUAGAACGGCUCAAACAGCAACACGGGAUAGAAUGA